GCGUCAUAACCUGAAUUGUGUGUAGUUGGUGCAGGUCGAUCUGAUUUUAAAAUAACGUGAAAACUACAACCUUUUUUUCACCUUACUUAUAUAUUUACGAUAUCUUAACAGAUAUUUAGAAAGUCUAUAAUUUCAGUGUUCACAUAUUCAUUAUAAAUCGAAAAUGACAGCUCGUGAAAUACUUAGUUUUCAAUUUGGGCAUUACUCCAAUUUUAUUGGAACACAUUGGUGGAACAUUCAGGAAUCAAAUUUUUCAUAUGACCAAGACCAUCCCUCGGAUAUAAACCAUGAUGUCUUAUACAGACAAGGAGAAACACAGAGAAAAGAAGUAACAUUUACCCCUAGGUUACUUGCUGUGGAUUUAAAAGGAACUCUCGGCUAUCUGAGUGAGCAAGGAAACUUAUAUGAGGAAUGUGACUCUGAAGAGUCUAAUUCUCUAUGGGAAAACAAGGAUCUAGAAGUAGUGACAGAACCUGCACCAGCGAAGAGUCCAUUUAUUCAAAGUCUAGAAGCAAAUGCAGGAGAAUCUGCAAGAAAAUUUGAUUUGGAAAGUGAAGUGAACAGUUGGGUAGACUACUUAGUACCUAGAUUCCAUCCAAGAACGAUAAACAUUCUCAAACAGUACAAACAUGCAUGCACCUCCCAACCAUUCGAUAUAUUUAAUUAUGGAUUGAAUAUAUGGAAAAAUGCACAGUAUUCCGAAGACUUCUGCGACAAGAUAAGAUCCUACGUUGAAGAGUGUGAUAUGAUGCAAGGGUUCCACGUUAUCUUAGACUCCACUGAUGGAUUUGCAGGUUUCGGAGCAGCCUGCAUACAGUAUCUACGUGAUGAAUAUGGCAAAAGCAUACUGUCAUUUCCAGCAAUUGAUGGAAAAAGUUCAGAACCCUCAGCAGCGAAUCUUAUCAAAGUUGUAAACACAGCCUUAUGCUGGCAGAGCAUUGGAGAACACUCUUCGUUAUUUAGCCCUUUAUGUGCAGGGACAAGUGGGUGGUUACCAAGUGAUGUUCCUCGAGAAUUCGCGAAUCUAACAUACAAUCGCGAUUUAAAGUAUCAUAGCAGUGCAUUGUUGGCUACUGCACUAGAUACGGUAACUCUUCGAUAUAGAAACAAAGCAUAUCCUGCAUCGGCACUUUCAGAUCUUUGUGCAGAUCUAAAUAAACUGGGUCGCAAAGCUGCUGCAAUAAGUCUAAGCCUCCCAUUCCCCAUGACAGUAAAAAGAGACUUGAUUGACAUUCUUGACGACUUCGAUGGAUCUCCCUGGACAAGUUUAACACCUAGUUGCGAAAUAACCACAGAUAAAAACAUGCAAAGCAUUGUACUAAGAGGAGUACUUGAGGAGAGAUUAAAAAGACCACUUCAUGAUGCUAGAAAACAAAUGGCCAAACCUGCGUAUCGUUGUUCUACUGUUCAUGAAAUGAUGACUAUGUAUCUAGCUUAUUCAUGUCAUGCUUCGGCCACUCAUUUGACAGUUAUCAAUGAGCCAUUGAAAAUAAAAAAUCCAUUUCCUAAGAUUUUCAACAAUAACGUUCACGCAAAUGGUGAUAUCGCUGCCUGGCCUGUAGGCGAAGAUGUUAAAUCUGUUCCUGUGAUGGCUGGACUUCACAGUGGCGAAGGACUCUCCAAAAUGUUUAGUUCUCUUCACGAUCAAGCAAUGAAAGUUAAGAGUAUUAAGAAGUUUCACGCUUUUCAAGAUUCUGGUUUAGAACAGGACGAAUACGCAGAAUGUCUCAAUUAUUUGUUAGAUUGUAAAGAAGCAUACGAGGAUCAUUAUGUAUGAUAUUACGAAAGUAAUAGUUUCUGUGAUAACCCAUUGCAAACCAUUCGAAAAAUUUAAUUAAAAUCUAUGAUUGAAUUGACUGAUUUUUGUUUGAUACCAAUAAAAUAGUUAAUCGAUUUAAA